UAGAAUUAGAUUUCCCAACAUUUUUUUCCAUUAAAAAUUUCUUAUUAAUUUUUUUGUUAUAAAAUUACAACAAAGUCUAACUGACCUCUUGAAAAAUCUAAUAAAAUGGCGGACGAGACGCUACUAAACUUGUACAAAUCUCAGCUUCAGCAGGUUGAAGCUUCCUUAACAAGUGAUCCUGAUAAUUUGGAUCUUCUGAAGUUGAAGAAAGAUUUACAGGAGGUGAUAGAACUAACUCUACAGCUGCUGAACAUUGGCCCAACUUCAGGAAGUUCUAAUGCUGAAGAAGGCAAUGGUGAAGAAGUAUCAACAAACAACACAGAAGCUGCAGAAGCAGUUCAGACAACCUGGAGUGCUGGAGAUGCUUGCCAAGCUCUUUGGUCUGUAGAUGGACAGUAUUAUGAAGCAAAAAUUGAUGAGAUAUUACUUGACGGAACAUGUACUGUAACAUUUGAGGGUUAUGGAAACACAGACAUUACACAGGCAAAUUUAUUAAAACCAUCUGAUGCUGAUAACGAUCAUGGUGUGGAUGGAUUGGGUCCCGAAGCCAAACGACUUAAAUCAAAGAAAGAUCUGAUUGCUGAAGAACGUGAGAAAAAACGGAAAAAGGCACAAAAGAAAGCCCAGCGCAUGAAACAAUUAGAAGAGGAGAGGGAAACUGAGAAAAAUAAAUGGCUUGAUUUUAAUGCAAAGACAUUUUCCAAGACAAACAAGGGAAAAGUGAAGAGGUCUAUAUUUGCUUCUCCAGAUAAUAUCAAUGGAAGAGUUGGAAUUGGUACAUGUGGAACUGGUGGCAAACCUAUGACAGAGUACCAUCCCCAAGAAAAGUGGAAAAAGUGAAACUGCUUUCAUUCCCAUCCCAAAUAUUUUCUUUUUCUAUGGCCUCGCAGAUUUGUAUAUAGAUUAUUGUUGAGCUCCAUCAGUUUUUUCUUUCUUUUUUUUCUUUCUUUCUUUGACACAUAACCCUUAACUUUCAACUUUAUCAUUAAACUUGCUCUUGAAAUUAUUCAUUUAUACAAUAUUUUACAUAUUGUCAUUUUCAUUUCUUUAUCUCAUUGCUUUCUUUUUUAAUUAAAAAAAUUUUUUUUUUCAAAAAUUAGGUAACAGAUAUAUUUAUUUUUAAAAAAUCAGUAAACCAAAUGAUUUAGGAACUAUCAUUGUAACAGAUUUUUUUCAAUGGUGCUGAUAAUAUUCUGUUGCUAUAUUAAGUAUCUUCGUUGGUCAAAAAUUUAAUUUCUUUUAAUUCCUCAAAGUUCUUCCUCUGUUGAUCAGGACUUUUGUUUUAAAAAAAUGGAAUAUUAAAAGAAAGCUUACUUCCUUUUACUUGAAAAUUUUAAAUAGUGCGAUUUCUUAGAUGUUGCCAAAUAACUUUUAUGUACAGGUCUAAUUAUGUGUGUGGCUGUGUUUACAAACCUUGAACGGUGAUGUUUUAUAAUACUUCAUGAUAUAAAGCUAUUGUUAGGUUUUUUUUAUGUACAAGUCUUGCAUACAGUAAUGAAUGACUUAAUGUUUAAUAUUUGCAUGGAAUAUAUCACAUAGCUGGUGUAUUUCACCUUUUAGAUAACUUGUUGUGCAAAACUAUAUUCUUCAGAAAUUUUUAAUAUGGUGCUGUCCUAUCUAUAACCCUUUUUAUACCCUUCAUCCUCCACAAACUGUCCAUGUCUAUAUGAGUUGUUUUUGUGUCUGAAGAGACAUUUAGAUUUUCAUAAUUUUUAGAUGGUCUAUUACUAGUUUUUGCAUAUAUAUCUAAUCUAACUUAAAUAGUUGUUUCGUUAGCUUUUUGCUAACCCAAAUCUACACACAUACAGUUCUUACUUGAAGGAGCAACUUGUACUAUAUUUUAUUCUUGAGCAUAAGCAGUUUGCAAUUAUGCCAAUAUAAUAGGUUUCUAAUAGAACAUUUGUUGGAUAUAUUUUGUAAGGAUUAGUUUUCAUCUGUACAUAGUCCACAACCUGGGUGUAUCUAGGAAUAUGUUUGGUGUAACUCAGAUUUUGAUAUGCUCUUCUAGUAGAAUAAGAACAGCCAGUUUUGAUUUGGAAUUGGUGAUAGUGUGGGAAAUUCAGUAGUUUUUGAUUUUGACAAUUGUAAUACUAGUGAAUAUAGGCACCUGUUGUCUGUGAUACGGGGUAAUUAUGUCGGUUCCAAGUUUCUGAAGUCAGUUUUCUCUUUCUUUAACACUUCAAUUUUCAUUUCAGUAUUUAUUUUUGUUUUUGAAAGUCCUUAUAUUUUCAAAAUGACUGAUAAAAUCAACAUUCUUAUUUGUACUUAUGUUUUUAAUUUCUAAGGGGUGUUUACUAUUUCUGUAAUUCAAAUGAAGAAAAAUGCUACAAUAAAAAGUAAAUAGAAAUUAGAUAUUAGUAAGUUGAGAUUGAGGACAACACCUUUCUUACUGAUAUCUUUAUCAAAAUAGAAAUCGGUUGAAAUUAUGUUGGGAUAACUAGAUACUGGCUCUCUUAUGAAGACAUGAGAAUUAGCACUGCUUGCGCUUUGAAGCUAAUUACCUAGCCAUUAGUCUCUUGCUGCUAGAUAGUGACAUCAAUUCCAGUAUAUAUGAAUUUAGUAUCGAAAAAAACAGUUCAAUUCAUGAUUCUAUAAAUUGCCACUGCAUUGCAAUGCAUAUAGCAUAUUCAUAAUUUAAACUUUGGCUUGAUUCUCCCUCUCCAACUUUCUGUUGUAAAAUUCUUAAACUUUUACAAAGUAAUCUCACAAAAUUGGGGUUUUUUUUUCUCCCGCUUCAAUUAAAGAACUCCAAAACCUUUCUGCAUUACUUUUGUUUUUUACCUUUUAAUUUAUUUUGGUUAUGUCCCAGAUAUUAAAUUCUGCUGGAUUUAAGAAAAUUCAUUUGUCAUCUUAAAUUCAAAGAGCAAGCUUGUGUACUCCAUUGUAUGUUGUUCAUGUAUAAAGCAUAGUCUUGUUGCACUUGUAGAAGCUAUACUGUGUUUUGGCAGCUCACUUGUGUGACAGACUGAAAUAACAUGUUUGGCCUUCAUUUUCUAUUUAAAGGAGCUGUUGUAUAUAAACAAAUAGUCAACAGAAGUGAAUAAAUUUGUUUUCUUCAGAUA